GGCAGAAGUGUGAACUUUGGCUCUGCGGAUGCGUCUUUACUUUGGCCGACGUCUUAUUAGGAGCCACCCUGCACCGCCUCAAGUUUCUGGGACUCUCUAAGAAAUACUGGGAAGAUGGCAGCAGACCUAACCUACAGUCCUUCUUCGACAGGAUACAGAAACGCUUUGCCUUCAGGAAAGUUUUGGGAGAUAUCCACACCACGCUCCUCUCCGCGGUGGUACCCAAUGCCUUCAGGCUGGUCAAGCGGAAACCUCCCUCCUUCUUCGGAGCCUCCUUCCUGAUGGGAUCUCUGGGGGGAAUGGGAUAUUUUGCUUAUUGGUACUUAAAGAAAAAAUACAUCUAGUGCUGGCUUCUUGGUGUUUAGUUUGGUGUCUCUGUGCUGUGUGAAAUUAUGAUGAAGCCUCAGUAACUGUAAUGAAAUCUGAAGCAAGGUUAAUGAAUAAUUAUAUUGUCUAAUGUAACAUUCCAUAGUCUAGAAGUAGAAAUGUAUACUGCAAGGAAAUAAGACAACAACAACGACAAAAAUUUGCGUCAACUUGUAAAUGCCUUUUUUAGGUUUAAGUAUUCAACUCCAGCGAGAGGCUCAGGGGCUCACGGGCUCGGCUGCGCCCACCGGGAAGUGACGCUGCCCCCGGCACCGGCCGGCUCCAGGGGGAGAGACGGGACCCCGGGAAGCUUCCUGACGCCCCAGUUAACUCAUGGGACUGGGAUCCUCGGUCCUGUGCGUUUGUGUUCACUGGCCACAUUUCACACAUGCGGGUAGUGGGGACUUCCUUCUUCUCGAGGGCGCUGUGUUGUCGUGCUCGGAGGCUUUCCUGGGAGCAGGGUGCAGUAGCUGGUCACAGUCGAGGUGGAUUUGCAUCCUUCAAGUAUCCAUUUUUUAAAUUAUUUUCAUGAAAAGGAAUAUUUUUUAUUGAGCUGCUCUCAGAAUGUAUCCACUUUCUACGUCUGCUUUUGGUGGGCUUUUUUUUAACAAAUUUAAUGUCUGUCUUUAACUGCCACACUUUUUUCCUGAGCUAAAUCACUUUGACUUCCAUCCUGAAUUUUUGGCACACGAAGGAGAUUAUUGUUUUAAGCCUUUUGGCUUUGUCUCUUGCGUUUUCUUUCACGGAUUUGCAAAGCAUCUUUCACCGACUGAGCGUAUCUGGACUCUGAAAAAGUGUGACCAUUUUCAGAACUUUUCAGCACUUUCCUGAAGGCAUUUUGGCUUUCUCUUCCACUGGGGGCUCUUUUCUGUCACGUCCUCACUGUGUGUUUUCUUAGAGACACUUUGCACAGAAUCACAUUGAUGACUUUCUUGUGCCUUUUGCAUGUUGGAAAGAAUAAGGGGCCUCACUGCUACUCGUGCUUUGAAAAUGGAGAUCCUCAAUAAACCGUAUGGGAGGAGAAACA